GGAGACAACAGGCACAAGAGGGAGAGAGAAAGAGGGACAGAGAGAAGAAUAGGACUGAGAGGAGAAAAUUAUUUGUUGAAAGAGAAGUGUUUUUCGAGCACUGAAUGAAAUCAGCCAUGGAAACUACAGCAGAUGAGAACCAACAUCAGAGCCAGGACAAGAAAGGUUGCUUCGAGUGCUGCAUCAAAUGUUUGGGUGGGGUGCCCUAUGCCUCGCUAGUGGCCACCAUCCUCUGCUUUUCGGGUGUGGCCCUCUUCUGUGGGUGUGGUCAUGUGGCACUGACCGGCACAGUCAUCAUGUUAGAGAACCACUUCUCCAAAGUCAGCAGCGACCAUGCAGUACUAACUGACGUAAUACAGCUGAUGCAGUAUGUGAUCUAUGGAAUCGCUUCCUUCUUCUUCCUGUAUGGUAUCAUCCUGCUGGCUGAGGGCUUCUACACCACCAGCGCUGUCAAGGAGCUGCACCACGAGUUCAAGACCACCAUCUGCGGCCGCUGCAUCAGUGGGAUGUUUUUGUUCCUGACUUAUAUCCUGGGCGUAGCUUGGCUGGGCGUGUUCGGUUUUUCUGCUGUUCCUGUCUUCCUCUUCUACAACAUGUGGUCCACAUGCGCUGCUAUGAAGUCACCCAUGGCCAAUGUCACCUCUGUAGACUCCAUCUGUGUGGACGUCCGUCAGUAUGGUAUUAUUCCCUGGAAUGCCACACCGGGGAAAGCAUGUGGGUCUACACUGGGAGAUAUCUGUAACACUAGUGAGUUCUACCUGUCAUACCACCUGUUCAUAGUGGCAUGUGCGGGGGCUGGUGCCACUGUUAUUGCACUGAUCCACUUCCUCAUGAUUCUCUCAGCCAAUUGGGCCUACCUUAAGGAUGCCAGUCACACACAUGAGUACCAAGACAUCAAAGUGAAGGAAGAGCAGGAGCUCCAAGAUAUCCAGUCACGGUCAAAGGAAUGUCUCAAUUCAUAUACAUAAGGAUUACCCCCCCCCCCCCCCACCCCAUGCCGCUCCCUCUCUCCCCUCACUGCCUAGUCACUGGAUGAAGAAAUCAUGCAGCUACGAUAACCUUCCACUUGUCCUUGCACAGCAUAGCACUAACAUCGCACCUAGCAAACAAUUCAGUGUCACUUUCUACUCUUAACUCUUCCGGCCAUUUUUAGGAACCUCUUUUAUGUGUUUUAUUGCUAUAAAUACAUUCAAAUACAUACAUCAAAUUCUGCCAUUUUGAAUUUGACCUUCCUACCUUCUCUUCCUCUGUAGCCCUUGUUUCUCUGUCUUGACUGGUACAGCUUCAAACAUUGCACAUUUUCAAAAUGAUAAACAUACUGAGUAAAUACGGUUUAAAAUACUCCGUCAGGUCCAUCCAACUGGCCAUCCAAUUGGUAAGUGCAAUGUGUCGUUUCUACAUGAACAAUUGUUUUUUGUAUGUUUUGUCUUGACUUUUUACAAAGAGAGAGUGCUGUGAAGAAUUUUGAAAGAACAGCAUUCCACUAUGGAAGAAAACGUGCAUGCACUGGGAAAUGUUUUUUUUUUAGCUGGCCCGUUGCAUGCCACUAGCUCCAGCAGCAGCAGUGGUUGCAUUACUCAUGAAAUUCAUGAAAGUAGUUUUUAUUUGUUGGGCCAAACAAAGCAAAGGCUCAUGCUUUGCUCCUUCCAGCAGACAUGCUUACUCUUUCAUGAAAAUGAUGCAAAUGACUGAAGCCCUUUAGGUAAACUACCUCAGGUGUGAAAUUGUUAGUUCCCUUUUUAAUUGCAAUUUAGGUUGUCAUUUUGAGCAGUCAACUCACCAGUAAAAAUGGUUCACUUUCGGAAUGAUUUUCCUCCUUCAAUAAAUCGUUUUUAAAAAAACAUUGCUCAGUCGCCUCUAGCAGUUCAGAGGAAAACUGAAAAAACGUUUCACACAAGUAAAAAUGACUGAAAUUCAACUACACACAACUCCACCUGACAAAAAUGCCACAGAAUAGCAGUAAUGACGAUACUUUAUGAAAGAGGGAAGAAAGCACUUAUUUAAAAAACUUACUUAUGGGCAUUAUGUACGUGUUAUGCUGGGACAACAGGAAGGGAAUAAGAAUCUGCCAUAUGGUGUGGUCUGUGAUUCUGUCAUAAGCAGCAGUUACAUGUUUGUCCACUAAACUUGCAAGAUAUUAGAUAAUUUACAUUUGAUUUAUUUUGGAAGAGGCUGGUGAUCUUUGUGAAUGUAUUUGACCAUGUUAUGUGCUUUGUUACCAUGACAGUCUAAAAACAGAAUCUGUAUAAUUAGGUCUAAGACCUCACUAUCCCACCCCUACUACAUUCAGUCACAUGACCUCAGACAGGAAGUGGAACAAAAUUAUACAGAUGUGUAAAGGUUACAA